AUGGAGGCGCCCUCGGUGCCGGCCGCCUCGACGUCGGGUGUGGCGGGGCGCGGGCCUAUCAAGGGCAUCCUGAAGAAGGGCGGCGGCAAGCUAUCGGCGGGGGGAGCGGCCCCCGCGGCGCGGCGGGCCAGCCCGGCCCGCGACGAGGACGAGCACGGUAAAAAAUCCCAGAAAUGGGAUGAAAUGAACAUCAUAGCUACGUACCACCCUGCAGGCAAAGAUUAUGGCUUGAUGAAAAUAGAUGAGCCAAGUACUCCUUAUCACAGCAUGGUAGGAGAAGACGAUGAGGAUGCAGUGAGUGAUUCAGAAUCAAACGAGCCCUUAAAAGCAGAUGUGUUGAGUAAAAAACUGGCAGCUGCAGCUGAAGGUAAAGGACCCAAGAUUAUAGCAAAGCUAGAGGAAAGCAGUGAGGAGGAGGAAGAGGACGAAGAAUUAACACCUGAAGAACGGGAGAAAAAGAAACAGUUUGAAAUGAAGAGAAAAAUGCACUACAAUGAAGGACGAAACAUCAAACUGGCAAGACAGCUCAUUGCAAAAGAACUACAUGGUGAAGAAGAGGAUGAUGAUGAGGAUGAAGAGAUGCGUGAUGCUGCAGAUGUAGAAACAAUGAAUACAGAAGCUACCGAACAUGCACAUGCUACUCGUGACCAGCUGGAAAGUAGAGCGCACAGCAUAGAAGAAAUCUGUCCAGAACUGUAACUGCUUGUCAAAGACACAAAUAUAAACAUUGCUUCAUGAUUUUUGCAAUUAAGGCUCUUAAAUAUUGAGAAGCAUAUCAGUUACAAUGUUGUAUUGCCAAGAAUGUUAAUUUUAGACUUGUCCAUUGGGCAGAAAAACCUGUCUAAUUGAUUUAUUCUUGUGCCUAGUAUUUCAUGGAGAAUACUGCUUCCUAAUCUGUUCAACCAGAAUGGCAUUCCUUCUGUGUAAUGCUGAUUAUCUUGCGUAAUGUACUGUUACUCUUCAUGCUUUGAAACAGACAGUAUCUUUUGGUUUUUCACUAUUUAUUUGAUAGUGUUCUAGGUGUGGUAUCUCUUAUGGAAAGGUUUGGGAUUCAAAAGCCAAACGGUACAGUAUAUAUCAGAUUCACAUGCAAGCUAUUUAUCAGGUGUGUUAAGCAGUUUAAAAAGGGAUUAUUUAAGUCUUAGAACUUUUUUGUAAAAUGUUGACCUGUUAAUCUAAACUUCAGUAUGUCAUUACCAGUACUUUCCCAGUCUUUACAAGAAGAGCUGUAUUAUUUAAGAGUGGUGUUUGGAAUCAGCUGUUAGUUUCUGACUAAGGCAGUACUAAUGUCUAGUGGAGGGAAUGUUUUUACACUGGAAAUGUGCUAACUUGAACUUUGCAUUUAACUUUCAUUGUCUCUUCCAUCGAGACUGGAUGUUUUGUGGAGCUCUCUGGCUUAUCAUGAGAACAUGGAAGUUCCCUCCAACUUUUCUCUUAAAACCACAUCCACUGUCACUCUCCCAGCUCUUGUUUCAAACUUCUGGUCCUUUCCAGUUGCAUGAAGAGUGCUUGUGCUAGUAGCACCAGAAGAACACCCAACCAUGAGCAAAUCCACAUCAGGACUGUGAAGAUGAGCUGAGUUUAGGCUCUGGCUGUUCUUUAUAUAAAGAUAACUGCUGAUGAGCUCCUACUUGUUUGGCAUUGGUAACCUGCAUACUGAAAACCACUGGUCUAAAUCUUCCUGUAUCCAUUGGAACUUACAGCAGCUGCUUUGGUAAAAUGAAGGCUGUUGGAAGAAUAGAAGGGAAACUGCCUAAUUCAAAUACUUGUUUACAGUGUGGUUGUAUAGCCCCUGUAAAGAGGGAUUCUGAACCUCCAAAUUGCUGUAAACAACUUCCCACUCGGUGGAAUUUGACUGGUGAUUGUUCCAGUAUUCAGAGUAGUUCCUGGAUUUUAUUACAGAAAUGAAGUAUACACUUAAACUUUAGCUUGGUUAUGGAAUACAGUGUAUAUCUUAAUUUUGAUCUGAAUUUGGUAUGUUGCAAAAAUCCAUAUAAUUAUAUGGAUCUAUUUUAAAAUGUCUUUUUGUCCACUGUAUAUGUGAAGUUUGAAUAAAGGAAUGAACGUUAUUUUACAGUUAUAUGCAUUCUCAAGUGUGAGCUUUCCUGAAAUCCCAGAGAGAUUGAGCGUGAAUAAGGAAAUAGAUGCUGUCCUUUGAAAAACUUAUCCAUUCUAAUGAAUUACUCCUGUAUGCAUUGCCAAAGAUACCUGUGAGUUGUGCUAAUUGGCUGUUGUAGUGUGCCUUUCCCAACUACUCCUCUCCUUAAUAGGUAACAGGGUUGUCAGUUGUGGUAUACUUCUUCUAAAGGCCUGAAUCAGGAUUAAUAGCAUCUAUUCACAAGAAAGUUGAACUCUUGAUUCAGUCCAGUGUGGUGAUGCUAAUUUUUCAAUAUGGAGAAUGCUGUUUCUUCUUAGAUCAAACGUGGUCACCUCUAUAGAAUAAACAGGGGCAAAGAGUAAGCAUUUAGAUACUUCUGAUGCCUGAAGUCACUCACUGUAGCUUUAAAUUUGGCUCCCAAGCAUAGGAUUUCAAAACUUGAAGUUUGCACCCUUUAUGUACCAGCUUGCAGUGUUCAGACUGUUGGAAUGCCUGCCCUGACCUGCACUGCAAACUGACCGGCUGAUGGCCUGGUCCACCCCAGCUAGGGCAGUUAAGUCCUACUGAGAGAGUGGCAGCACUCGGCAAAGCUGUGUUACUUUCAGACUGGAGCAUGCAUCAAGAUUUGACCAGUAUGUACGGGUAAUGCAGACGUUUUCUGUGAUGCUGUAAACCAGAUUACCUGUACUUUGUGGUAAGUACUAGUGGGUACUUCGUACCUGCAAUUAAGGCAGAAUCCAUCAGAAGCAGCUCUUACAUGAGCUAAUGUCCUGCCCUCCUUCCCCCGCCACUUUCUGUGUUCAAGACCUCAUGUUCAUUUUGGUGCUCAGCGGGGGUACUUUAUACCCUACAGUGCCUGCAAAGCAUUUUGUUUAACAAACAAAAAAACCUUUGCUAACUUCCAGUAAAGACCUUUCCUAUAACGGCUUCCAAAAUCCUGGAUGAAAUAGGUAUGUAGCUUUGAGGGAGGUACAGCUAUGUAAAUGUGUGAAGAUGGUUUUAAAUGAACCUCAGAAUGUAUAGUAGGUCCCUUUUAUCAGUCAGAUGGUUUUGUGCUGUCUGGGUGAUCUCCCUUCUUCUGUGCCACCAAGCCCCCAAGUUUUAGUUAAAUGCCAUUUUGGAACUUGUACUGGUUUUAGUUACGGGUUGCACUAAAGGCUUUGUUCUCAUCUUCAUUCUCUUCAGUGCUAGCAAAAAUUCUGUUUGUGCUUCUUCAUCUCACCUGGAGUGCAACCUGAUGUACCUGACACUGCUUUUAACUGAAAGGCUGGUUUACUUGAUUUUAUUUGGGCUUACACCUUCAUGCAUUUUAAAAGGUAAAAUGGGCAAGUUUAGUUUGCAGUAACUACAGAUGCUCUAUAUAGCUUUUUUUUUUUUUACAAAGGGAUGUCUUAUUUCCUUCUAUUUUGGAAAUAUCAAUCAUAGUUCCCUGCUGAAUUGGGGACGAGAAGAAAUGGCUUUUCUCUUUUUACAUUUGAUGGGGACUUAGCUUGCAUGUACAUCUUAAUCUUGGGGUGCAUAUGGUAAAGGCUCAUUCAUACAGUAAAGAGUGGUGUAAAGAGGAAACAAAAGACACGCAGCCUUUACUAAUGUGGACAUUUUGCUCCACAGCAUUAUAAUUGUGAAGCUUCUUGUACAGGUUUAAAUUCUCAAGCUGCAUCCUGUUUAGAGAAAAUAUUUUCGAUAUGCUUCCAAUAGGAAGAUCACUUGCAAAUAAGAGCCUUAACUCUGUCUUUAAAGGUUUUUUUUCUGUCCUUAAAGUUUCUUUCAUACUGAGUUGUACACAGUUCAUGGAAACUGCAAAUAUUUUUUCCACAGCUUGCUCUCGUGUUAAACUUGUGUACCUUACCAGAACUUUUUUGUUUCUGUAACAUUGUUUUUGUGGUGUUUAUUAUGAUACCGCCUCACAAACGUAAUUAUUCUGUUUGAAACCAGUGUUAAGUGUCACAACACAAAUAAAACCAUUGUUUUCA